GAGAGGCAAGUAGAUGCCUGUUACUCUCCCGCCCUUCCUAAGAUGGAGGCGAGGAAGAUUCGGCGAAGGCGCUAAAAGGUUUCGAGUUCUUCUUGGUAUUCGAGAAGAGUCGUUGGGUGCUAUGGAGUAACUUUAAGGUUAGUAGUACUAUAGAUAGCUGCUUCACUGCCACAAUGACAACUUCCACCUCAGCACAGUAUCCAACAUCUGAGAAUGCCUGCAGAACAUCAUUUGGGCAAAUUAAACAGGUACAGCCAAAACUGCCACUCCUGAAGAUUUUGCAAACUGCAGGUGCUCAGGGUGAAACUUUCACACCAAAGGAGAUCAUACAUUACCUCGGAGAAUAUAUCAUGCUGAAGCAGUUAUAUGACAAACAGCAACAGCAUAUUGUGUAUUGUGGAGGAGACCAGUUGGGGGAUCUUCUAGGUCUUGAAAGCUUCUCAGUGAAAGAUCCAAGUCCUGUUUAUGACAUGCUAAAAAGGAAUGUGACAUCUGCUGUUGUUACAGAUGCUGCACAGACUCAUGCUCUCGCAAUGGAUCAAAGCGCGGAUAAUCCAAGCCAAGAUCACCUGAAGCAGGGUAGCGUGGAGGUGUCUUGCAGCCCAGGGCAAAAAGAGGACACAUUGGCCUUGUAUACCUCCAAAAACAUAUGCAAAGAAGAUGAAGAUAACUUUUCAAAAAAACAGCCCACACUGGAUCUGGUGCUGGAAGAGUGGGAUGUAGCUGGUCUUCCAUGGUGGUUUUUAGGUAAUCUAAGAAACAAUUAUAAGUCCAGAAGUAAUGGCUCAACAGAUAUACAGACUAAUCAGGAUAUAGACACUGCUGUUGUUUCAGAUACCACUGAUGAUUUGUGGUUUCUCAGUGAAUCUGCUUCUGAUCAGAUGGGUGCCACGAUAUCAACAAAAACAGUUGACUGUGAACAAACUAAUGAAGACGGAAAAGAGGAUAGCAAAAUGGCAAGUGAAAUUGCAUCUUCUGAUGAUUUUGAAGAUUCACAUUCCUUAAGUGAUGACACAGACAUAUUAGAUGCUCCCUCCAUGGACUGUUGGCAGUGCACCAAAUGCAAGAAGUUUAACUCUCCCAUCAAACGGUACUGUUUCCGUUGCUGGGCCUUACGGAAAGAUUGGUUCUCUGACUGCCCCAAGCUGGUUCACUCUCUGUCUGCAUCCAAUAUUGCUGUGAUGCAAAGUAAAGAAGACACAGAAGGGAUGGAUGUCCCAGACUGCCGAAGGACUGUCUCUGCUCCUAUUGUACGCCCCAAAGAUCUGUGCAGAGCAGAGGCUAACCAGUGCCCUAGAAGCCCCAUGGAAUCCAUGCAUCUGGCACAAGGGUGUGAAGGCAAACAGCCUUUGCUUCAGUUUAGCAAGUGCAAACAAAAGGAAGAGGAGGAAUUCCAGUCUCUUGAGAGUAGCAAAGAAUUGCUGAAACCUUGCCUUGUGUGCCAGAAGAGGCCUCGGAAUGGGAACAUUGUCCAUGGAAGGACUGCUCAUCUAGUGGCUUGUUUUACCUGUGCAAAAAUGUUAAAAAAGGGACGAUUGCCUUGCCCAGUGUGCAAGAAACAGAUUCAGAUGGUGAUCAGGACCUUCAUAGCAUAACUCUUGUCAUUUGAUGCAGGGAAAAAUGGUGACCAGUUAAAGGACAACUGCCAAAGGGUACUAUUAUAUUUUUAGCUGUGUGUGUUUCUUAUUAGAGCAGUCCAAUGUUUAACUGUGAAUUCAGAAAUGUUAUUUCAGUCUAAUUCAUAAUGUAUGCAAAACCACCAGUUUUCAUAACGAAGUAUACAAAGUGAUAACUACCAUGUAGUUUGCUUUAUGUCGAAAAGGCUUGUAUGUGAAUUACUUGAUCAAAGCAAGCUGUUUGUGCUCUUACUAUUCAGUUGACAUGGCAACAAGUUGGAGUGCUCAACUGUACACGGCACAACUGUAUCGAGCCUUUUAGAAGACACCUUAAUUUAAUUUCAAAGGAGAUUUCAGUUGAAUUGUUCUUUAAAUAGUGUACUUUGCACACACAUAAAUAGCAAAAGGCUAAAGGUGGAUAUCUAGUUAAGUUGGUCAGUUCUUGGAAAGGGCAUCCUGAAUUUUGAAUUUAUCAUUGUUCCAAGGUUUUUAAAAUACCUGUUAAGACCUAUUUUAUAAAACCUGUUAAGCUGUAACACAAAUCCAGUUUUUCUUUAAUUGUCCCUAUAAAAUAAAGCAAAAAGGUAAAUAUAGUUGCUGAAUGUUAGCAGUUUUUGUCUGAAGCUUACUUCAGGCCUUGUAGGAAAGAGUGUGUGUUUGCCAUUUACUGCAAAAAAGGCUAUAACAGUUACUCACUUUGGUCUUUUAGAAAAUCUGCCUCAAGAGAGCACCUCUUUGAGAGUUCAGGGUUUUUCAGGACCUUGGCUUAUAUAGUCAUUUCCCACAGUAGAUUGUACUCAUUCACGAUGAAUAUUGUAUCUGGGCUUCAGGUUAUAAGCUAUACUUUGAUGUGAAUUGUGGGACUGGUUUGUAGCCCAAAACCCUAUUCAGAUGUUGUUCACUGUAGAACAUACUUGUGAUGGGGAUCUGCCUUUCCUUCUCUCCAUGCAGUAGGUAUUCUGAUGGAGUAGGAGUCUGUAUUCUAAUGGUACAACUGUGACCUUUUAAGCGCUGGAGGAAUAACAACCCCUCUGGCUGUUUGCAUGAAGCUCUCUGCACAUUGACCUAUUUCAGUAGGGUGUCUAGUGCCAUAUAAGCCCAUGAGUAGCCAUGCUUUUAAUCCCCUGCUUUGUGUAGGCUCUACAGAGUUCCAUGUCUGAAUAGGUUUUAAAGACACAGCUAAUCAACAUUUAGUUCUGCUUGCAUGAGAGUUAGCUGUUGCAGGGCUUUAUGUCUUCAGAGCUUCCAGUUUUCUAAACUUGUCAUGGCUUCAUAAAGGCCAAAAUAAUGGAUCUUACAUUUCCUAAUUACAUUUUAAUAUGUUGUAAAAUCAGACAAGUUAUCCUUUCUAACUAACUCUCUAAUCACAUAGCUCUAAAUAAUGACAUAGCUAAAAGUCUGGGUGAUAUCUGAAGGACUUUGCUCUUGCUGAAUGUGGUGCUGUUUUUAAUUUCCAGCUAUUCUACUUUUCAAGCUUCACUGCCCAAGACACCCUUCAAGUAGCAAGGGAAAAAUAUAUUAAGGCAUUGUAAAAUCUUUACACUGCUUUGUAUUUAAGAUAGAAUAGGCAGCCUUCUCAAACUCACAUUUGCACCAUCUAGCAUAACUCAAAUAGCAAUUCCUCCUGCAGAUACUGCACUUCCAGAGAAAAGGUGCAUGCCAUAGAAUAUUUUUCAAUUCUCUUUGGGCUGAUGGCUGGAGUAUUUGACCUUGCUGUUGAUCCUUCCUCAGCUUAAUUGGUCUCUCACUGUGUUCUUUUUUUCCAUUGUGAAGCUUAGGUUCUGGGAUACAUUUUCCACAGGUCAGAGGUGGACAGUAGCAAAUAGUAUAAAAAGCCCAGCUGCAUGAAAAUUAGAGGUAGGGAUCUAGAAAUGUUUCAGGUGGUUUUAAUAUCAAUGAAGUGAGGCAUCUUGCACUUUAGAACCUUUAAUACAGGUCGGCAAGUCUUAGGCUCCAUAUGCUCUCCUCAUUGGAAUCAUUGUAGGAUUGUUUCCUUUAGUACCUGGACCACUUUUAAAAGUAAGAUUAGUAAUGGAUCCUUUUCUUCAGGUACCAUUUUAUGAGUCUUCCUGAAGUUAUACAGUUCCUGUGAUUCAGGAGGUAUUCCCUAUUCAAAAAGAACUAUAGGAUUUCCUCCAUUGCUUUCCUCCUUAAGGUUUUUUAUUAUUAUUGGCCUACAAUUCCUUAUACUGUAUAACUGCACUGCGAGGUCCUGGAGACUGUUCCUUCUUACAUUGUUGAAGGGACUUGGAAGUUGCUACUUCAAGUUGAAAAUGACAGACUAGUACAUGCCACAUGCUGACCCGUCAUUGUCCCUGUAUUUAAUUAUAGGCUUUAAAAUAGCAAAGACAAAGUAAGGAUUAGCUUUUGUUGGUAUAAAAUUGUUUUCAUAUUUAUAGCUACUCGAAAUUCUUUUCUGUACUUUGCUGCAUACUUCUAAAUUUAUUGGAGGAGUAGCCUGAGACUGGAAUUAGGAACCCCUACUGCCUAAUUAAUAUUUUGGCAGAUAGUUCUUAGUCUCUGCAGUUUACCUUCUUGCAUAUCAUCUUUAGAAAAAUUGAAUAUAAAUCUAUGCUUAUAUCAAAAAAUAAUUCACAUAUAGUAAAAUUCAAAACAAGACAAUACAUUUAAAAACAUGGCAAUGAAUAGACAGAGCUGGUAGCUAUGUAGUUUUAAAAAGUUGGGCAAAAUCCCCAGCUGUUCCACUUGAUCCUUAACUUCUAACAAAUUGCCUGUAAUUGAUCAGCUGAUCAUAGGAGAAGUUGAAAAGAAUGCAGCAUCCCCUGUUCUGCUGCGGGCGGGGCAGAAGUAGUAUUGCUGAAAGCACGUUUUUGUCUAUUUUGCAGAAAUUAAUACUACUUUAUGGUGUAAUUAUUCUGCUUGAAUUUAUCUUUGUGUGUUUAAUGAUAGGCUAAUAGUGGCUUUGAACAUUACCAGGAAAGUAGUGAGAUAUGUUUUCAAGGUAUCAUAUCAAAGUAAUGGGAAGCCAUAUAUUUUUCCUCGUGAAAAAGAAGCACAUCUUUUCCCUCUGACAUUGCCCUACAACAUACAAUGCCACCCUGAACUAUGUAUGUACUAAAUAUCCAUUUCCUAUUUCUGCAGUGUGUUGCUAUUGUCUAUUGUAUCUCAUAGAUCUGCUGAUCUCAGAAUCUAUGCAGUUUCAUUUGUGUAUUGGUUUUUGUAUAAAAUUGAUGCACCUUGAUCAAUGGACCAUAACGAGUGUUUUGGGAAUAGCUCCUGACAACAGAUGAGUGAACUGGUAUCAGCUUAUUGUUUUAUGUAUCAUGUGUUCAGCCUCUUAUGGAUCCUGUGAUCUGGCUUUUCCAUAAAGUGUUAUUAUACAAAUAUCUACUGUUUAAACAGUUUAGUCUACUUCUGUUGUGAAAUUCUUGUGUGAGAUUCUUGUUGGUCUUCAGGGAUAGACUUCUGAUGCUCUGUUGGGGCAUAUUUUAUUGAAAACAUAUUUAGUUUUACAUACCAUAUGUUUAUUUCUUUGUGGCUCAAAGCUGUACGUUUCCCUGUAACCCAAAAGAAUUUUUAGAUGAUCUAAGUUUAGUGAAAUAGGUGUGCAUCCAAAUCCUAAUGUUGGCAACAGCAUACAACAGUCUGUAAAUACAACUCAUUCCUCAGUCAAUAGUAGGGAAAACACCAGAUACGUUCACAGCAUUCAUUACUUGGAUCUUAGUCUAUGGAAUAUUUACUAAAUAUUGAAUUUAUUGUAUUACUGUAUAACCAUUCUCUUUAAUUCUAAUUGAUGCUGAUGAUUAAUUUCUAAGCAAAAGAGCAAAUAAUUUUAGGAAUUUUUCAAGAAAGAAAAGUUAUUUUUUUUAAAUGAGAACAAGUUAUUUAAAGUCUUACAAUAGAUAAUUUUAUAAAUAUAUAGUUAACCAAGAUGAAUUAAACGUGGCUAGAAAACGGAGAUAACUUGGGCUUGCCUCAUUAUCUAAUAGCUUUUAAGAUAUUACUUCAGAACUUACCCCCUUAUCUUUACCUCAAUUACCCAUAACAUGAAGAAGAUCUCUAGCUUGCAAUACUGAGAUUAAGGUGGGAGCAUAAAACUAGGUCCCUUCAUAACUUGUCAAAUAACCAACCAGAAGACUGUCUCUGAAAGACUGCCUGGGUCUUUCAGAGUUGUAGCUAGAAGGGUUGAUUUAUUUAAAUAAAUGUUUAGUUUAAAGUGUCAUAAAAAUCCACUUUGUGUUUACUCUGGCACAUGAUACUGUGGGUGGAAAGUGAUUUCUAACUCUUCAUAUCAAAUAUCAGACAAAGUUAUACUGAACACCUGUGAAAAUGCAGCUGCUUGAAACAAAGCUGUAAGCACAGAACUUUCAGAUAGAAUAAAAGCUCUGCAUUACUGGAUGAUGCCAGUGAAAGUGAGAAAACAUGGGUAAACCUGCCUACGCAUUACUGGGCGGGAAGGGGGGCGGAACUCGUUUCCAGCAGUAUUCUAUUGUUGGGCUACUUGUAUAGUCCCAUUCUGAAGGCUAGGGCAACUAUUUAAUCCAUUUUAAUUCCUUCUGUUUUUUAUUUUCUUAUGUAAUGAGCAGUUAUGGGUUCAGUAGCGGUAGGAGGGGUUGUGCAGGUUGGAAAUUACCUUGCUGCUUCAGCGACUCUGUGGGCCAAAUUGGCCCUCUACUUUCUAAUUUUUCUCUGUUAAAAUAGAAUGGAAGUGUGUGUCUACUCUGAUCGAUUUUGUGUCACAUAGCACUCUAGAAGGAGCUGUUCACAUCUGAGAAGGCGAUUAAUAUUUGAAGUCUUAAAUAGUGAGCAGCACUGAAAUUAAGCAACUAGAGAAAAUAAUUAGUACACUCUGUUACUUACCUGGCUAGAAGAAAAAACAAAUGCUUACAGCAGAAUGCACCAUAAAUGGCAACUUCAUCAAAUACUGUUGUCCCAAGGAUAAAAUCUAUAUUAGACUUCUAAAAGCUUCAAAUAUCUGGAGAUCAGGUGCCCCAAAUACAUAUUAGAGCAUCUCUCAUUGUAAUGAAUUUGCUUUUGCUAUGUUCGCUGCCUUGUCCAUUAGUAGCUUCCGAUUUUAAAUCAAGGAUUCUAAAAUGGUUUCCAGUGUAUUGUAUUGCCACAAUGACUGAGGAGCUGUAGUGCUUUGAGGUCUUGAACUAUCUGGGGUAACUUACUGUUGACUUGGCUGGAUCUAAAGCACUAUGUGUGGUGUGAUACUCAUGGAACAGGUCUUUCUGAACAUCUCAGUCCCACUCCAGCAUUCUGAAAUUCUGUUCCAGGGGACAAACAGCAUGAGAUGGGUCAAAUCGGGGCGAAGGAGUCUUCAAUGCCCCUCUGCAAAUGGAAGGGUGGCUACCACUCCUUUCAUUUGUUGAUGGGUUGAGCAUAAUGUAAAACCUUAUACUUUCCAUUAACGUGAUAGAUAGUAUUCCUGUAACUUUUUGUUAAAUGUAAGCAAGACCAAAAGACAGUGUGUCUGACUCUGAACAUUUCUGAUUUUAUGACAUGUGAUAAGACUGUAUCUGUACUAAACUCCUCUGUUUUAAGUCACAACAAGACUUUAUUUGUUUUCAGUAAAUCAUCCUUUUUUAAUUUCACAAAAUGCGAGUGAAAGCAAAGUUGCAACCAAAAUCUGCACUGGGGUCCCACAAGAACUUUUAAAAAAAUUGCUUCACGCUUCCUCAAUUGUUGAAGUUCAUGAUCACUUUUGAUUUGGGGCAGUGAUCCGAAUACAGAGUGAGUACUUCAUGGAACUUGGCAACAUGGCUUAAAUAAAUGGUGACCAGAAAACCUCAAAGCAGCUGCUUCUCUGCUAGAAACUUCAAAACUUGGCAAACUAACUUCACAUUCAAAACGAUUCCCUCCAGUUUUCCCUGCCCUUAACGUUGCACAGUCUGGCUGUGUACAGCUUCUACUUCGUGACCUGCAGGUGGGUGUGCUGUUAACUAUCCAAAUGUCUGAGGUGCUCUACUGUGCUGAUUGCAUAUUAACGUUGUCUGUUAUUGGGAAGCUUUGAGUAAGAGGCCAUGAUGGAUCAUAAUGAUACCCAUUUAGCUCUGAAAAUCCUUUGUGGCACAGAUCCAGGUAAUUUUGAUACUAAUGGCAAGAUUGUGCCUUCUCGUGUUUUGAAGUGAGGCUGAGUUUAAAUACAAAUGUAUCUGACUGACAAAUAUACUUUGACUUUCUGUUAAAUCUUAAGCACUUUGCAGCUAUUUAUGUAACUCUAUGUUAACUGAUCUAAAUGCACUGCCAUAGAUGUCUCAUUUCACAGUAAAAUCAGAUAUGAUCAUUAUAUAUACACAUGUGUAUUAGUACUUUUUUGUCUUUUGCACAGAGUGGAGGCUGAAAUUAUUGUGCCUGCACAUUUGCUUUUGAAGAUGUCUAGAAAAACUGAGUGCACAUUUACAUUUUAUUUGCAUUUUACCCAGAAAUGGUAACUUGUUAAUGUCUUAUUUUCUAAAUAUUUCCUGGAAAAAUAAAUAUCUUUGCCUGAUUAAUAGACUUAAUCAGUUCUUAGACUUGCUGUACUAUAUUAAAAUACUUUUACCCAAUUA